GUCAUUCUAACGUGCGCGUACCUUUCAUCCUCGUUUAUUUAUAUGUCUUAACAUAUAGGUCUUAUUUUAAAGGUUGGAUUUAUUAAAAACAGAGAUCCAUCGAAUCUGGAGUUUGAUUGGGCGUGUUGGCUUUGACGGAAUAAGUUAAGGAAAUCACAAGAAGACGCUUCUUUAUGGAUUGGGUGGAUGACGUCAUCAUCAGCUGGGACAUGCUGGUGUAAGUGUGUGAGGACAGUGUGAGGACAGUGUGGAGUUGUUGUACCUGUGCAGGUGAAAUGACUGAUCAGUAAUGGAGACUCCUGCACUGCCACAUGAGGUCAUUUCUCACAUCCUGAGCUUCCUUCAUCCGUCAGACCGAAAAGAAGCCUCGCUGGUCUGCAGGAGCUGGUACGAAGCGAGCCAGGAUCAUCAGUUUCAGAAAAAUGUCACAUUCAGGUUCCCGGUUUCUACGUCUUCGGUAGGGUUUAUUCGUAGUCUCGCACACCGGCAUCGAUGCAGUCUGAUCAUCAGCCACGUGGACGACUCUAACCUGUCUCGCAGAGUGCUAGAGGAGGUCAGAGUUCACCUCGGGGCUCGGCUGGAGGGUCUGGCGCUGCCCCGGAGCAGUAUGAUGGAGUCGUCCCUCCUGAAACUGCUGCCGUGCCUGACUGGCCUGCACAAGCUUGACCUCAACGGCCUCGACAGUCUCUUCAUGUCAGGAGCUUUCCUGAGCCGUGAAGAGCAUCGACAGCAGGUCCGUACAGCGCUGAAGAACCUGGAAGAGUUGGACCUGUCUGACCUGCGCUACCUCUCUGACCUCACCUUUAACCGUCUAACAGGCUGCACCCUGAGACUCGGUCGUCUAGCGCUGGCUGGUUGUUACAUCGCUUUCGAGUUUGACCCGUACCGAGGCCGCGCGGUGGGCCCGGGCUCAUCAGCCAUGCUGUCUCUGAGGAAUCUUCUCCGGCUGGUCCAGGAUCACAGCUCCACUCUGCGCAGCCUGGACCUCAGCCGCACCUCCAUCACCCCUGAGUCUUUGCGCUCGUUGGUUUGCGUCCCCGGCCUCCACCUGGAGGAGCUGCGCUUGUCUGGCUGUAAGAAGCUCACUGAUUACUCCGUCGAGCAGCUCUGCCGGCAGCAGAGAGGCCUCCGCACGCUGGACCUGAGCGGCUGCACGGAGCUGACGAGGCGCAGCAUGGUCGCUGUAACUGCCGAACUCAAACAUCUUCAGAGUCUCUCGCUGUCCCGCAACUGGAAGAUGACAGAGAAAGGAUUAGCAGAUUUAAUGGCGCUGCCCGCUCUGACCUCACUGGACCUGGCUGAAUGUGUUAACGUGUGUGGAAUGGAGCUGGUGAAGGGCCUGUCGUCCCCACAGCCCAGAGCACAGCUGGAGAAACUUAGCCUCAGGAACUGCACCUACAUCCAGGACGUGUGCUCGCUUGCUCAGUUGUUGACGUCCAGUCUGAAAGAGCUGGAUCUGACCUCCUGCGUCGUCCUCACAGACUCGAGUGUCCGCACCAUCGCCACCCAUCUGCCCGGGCUGCAGGUGCUGCGUCUGGGUUUGUGUAAGUUGAUCACCGACUGGGGGCUGCUCGGGAUGGAGGAGCCCAGCGAUGGCAAAGAGUCCAGCAAGUACGCGGAGGAUACAGGGCCGAGCUUUACUCGGACCUUCGGGAACAUGGGCUUCUUUCAGCCUCCCAGAAUGCCGUUUGAUGAGAAGCCACGCCUGGUCACUGACGAGGACCUGGGCACCUUCAGGGAGCAGGAGGGAACCUCGCUGAGAGCCAUCAAAGGUCUAGAGGAGCUCGACCUGACCGCCUGCUCCAAACUGACAGACAUCAGCAUAACACAAGUGUUGCGUUUCCCCGUGCUCCAGCGCCUCUCUCUCGCCAUGCUGCCGGAGCUCAGUGACGAAAGCGUGGCGUCUGUGGCGCAUCACUGUCGCAGCCUGACCAGCCUGGCGCUCAGCGGCUGUUCCUGGCUCACAGACGAGGGUCUGGCUCACGCCCUGCCUCACCUGCACAGACUGCAGCAUCUGCAGCUCGCCUACUGCGACGGCAUCACGGACAGGUCCCUGAGCCUCAUCGCCCAGCACUGCAAGAGACUGAGGACGCUGGACAUCUCCAAGUGCAGAGACAUUACUGUAACUAAGGUGGACGUCCUUCAAUCCCAGCUGCCCUUUCUGGAGAACGUGCAGUAUUGCUCUGUGAGCGGAGCCGACCUAAACCUCACACUCUGAUUAAUGAUACUGUGCGCUUGACCAGGCGGCUUUGCUAGUUAAAUUAUGCGAUGUGAUGUGUAGAGGACCUGGUCCAAACUUAAUCCCUAAUCCGACGGUGCUUCUGAUAAUCUUGCUUCUUUUGCAUGCAAGCACUCGAACAAUGGCACAGCUGGAAAAUAGCUAACAAGUUU